UGUUCCUUCCUUCUGAUUUCAGUCAAACCAAUUAUAGAAACGAGAGUGCGAUUUAUCUUAUUUCCAUCCAUUUUAAAUAUUGCCCCCGAGGAUUUCUACUGAUCGACGUGGUGUAGGCUUACUUUAGGAUUAUCCGCUUAGAAUGUAGAUGAAGGAUCGCUGACGGAUAAUGGAUUUAUUUAUUAUUCUUUCUCUGCUAUUUGUAGGGCAUGUCACCACGUCUGUGAAAGGAUACAGUGUCGAGGAAUUUUAUGUGAGACAUCAGUAUGUAUGCCCUGGUCAGUCUGUCACCUUCUCAAAAUCCAAAUAUUAUGAUGAUUUGUUUUUUGAACCGAGUGGGUCGGACUCUGCGAUGCAGGUGGCAAACCGGACUCAUAUCUUGCUCCCUUCUUAUGAGUUCCGAAACAGAGACGUGUUUAUUCCUGAGGUCACUAGACAACAUGAGGGGAAUUAUAUCUGGACACAUGCCAGAACUGCUGCUACAUUUCUGUUGAGGUUGGGAACGACCAGAUUAUUUCUCAAAGAUUGUGGCAGUGCGAAGGAAGUAUAUUAUGGAAAUAAGUUCAGUCUGGAGGUGCCACAGGCGGCGUCCGUAUUGGAGUUCACCAGAGAGGGGUCGACUGACCGCAAGAUCCUGUGGAGUCGGAACAACACCGAUAACAGUCAGGGAGCCAGCUGGAAUGCCUUCAAUAUCAAGUACGCCGAUGCGGGCCGCUAUGCUUUCCUAAAGGAGAACGGGGUCGAGAUCUCCAGCACUUCUCUUUAUGUUCGAGAAAACCUGGAAUAUUACGAUGUGAGUAAGAAGUCCUUCCUGGAAAGCAAGUUCCCAGUUCCUAUAAAUCCAGAAUGA